UACCAAUCUCGCGAGAAACAGAAUUCACGUGUUACACGAACAUCUCGUGAGAUUAAGCAGCUGAGUGGCUGUGAGAAUGUGAAUUGGAUUGUUGUUUAAAUUUAAUUUUAAAAGUAUAAUUAUAUAAUCACCAGACUGGUUGAAGAUGUCUGGGGGUCCCGCGGUUCAAAUCAGUAUCGAAUCGGCCUGUGAGAAGCAGGUGCAGGAGGUGGCUUUGGAUGGGACGGAGACAUAUGUCCAGCCCCUGUCAAUGUCUCAGAACCUUGCCAAGCUUGCCCAGCGAAUUGACUUUGGACAGGGAUCCGGCUCGGAGGACGAGGGAGGAGAGGGCGAGGCAAGGGGACAGGAAUGGGGGAAACAGGAACAAGAAGAGGAUGAAGCAACAGUAAAGUUCCAGCCUUCCCUCUGGCCCUGGGAUUCUGUGAGAAACAACUUAAGGAGUGCCCUCACUGAGAUGUGUGUGCUGUACGAUGUGCUCAGUGUGGUUAAGGAAAAGAAGUACAUGACUCUGGAUCCUGUCUCCCAAGACAGCACUGUUGGAAAGACUCCCCCAGUUUUGCAGCUCCUUGGUAAGAAGAAAUCCUUAGCAACAGCUGCUCAGCUUCUUUUGAAAGGAGCAGAAAAGCUGAACAAGUCUGUCGCUGAGAACCAGGAAAACAGGCGGCAAAGAGACUUCAACUCUGAGCUGCUCCGGCUGAGAUCACAGUGGAAGCUGAGGAAGGUCAGCGACAAAAUCCUUGGGGAUCUCAGCUACAGGAGCGCAGGGUCGCUCUUCCCUCACCAGGGCACUUUUGAAGUAAUAAAGAAUACAGACAUUGACCUUGAUAAGAAGAUUCCAGAAGAUUACUGUCCACUUGAUGUUCAGAUUCCUAGUGAUCUGGAGGGAUCGGCUUAUAUUAAGGUCUCCAUUCAGAAACAAGCUCCUGAUAUUGGGGAUCUUGGCACCAUUAACCUUUUCAGAAGACAACUAAAACCUAAAUCAGGUACCCAGCCCUGGCAUUUGAAACUGGAGGCUGCUCAGAAUGUCCUUCUCUGUAAAGAGAUAUUUGCACAGCUCUCCCGUGAAGCUGUGCAGAUCAAAUCCCAGAUCCCUCACAUUGUUGUGAAGAAUCAGAUCAUCUCCCAGCCUUUUCCAGGUUUGCAGCUCUCCAUUUCCUUGUGCCACUCAACUGGGGAUAAAAAGAAUCAGAAAUCAACUCCAGACAAAAACAAACCAGACGAUCACCUUUAUGUGCUUGAACACAACCUUCAUCAGCUAAUGAGAGAGUUCCACAAACAGACAUUGAGCUCAGUAGUGAUGCCCCACCCUGCAAGCGCCCCCUUUGGAAAUAAGAGAAUGCGUCUGGCGGGGCCCAUGGCCUACGAUAAAGCUGAGAUCACUUCUCUACAGCAAAGUGAAGGGCUUCUGGAGAAGAUCAUCAAGCAGGCAAAGCAUAUCUUCCUCAGGAGCAGAACUGCCCGUACCAUUGAUAGCUUGGCAAGCCGCAUUGAAGAUCCCCAGAUCCAAGCCCACUGGUCGAACAUUAACGAUGUGUACGAAUCCAGUGUCAAAGUGUUAAUUACUUCCCAGGGUUAUGAGCAAAUAUGCAAGUCCAUUCAGCUGCAGCUGACCAUUGGAGUGGAGCAGAUCAGGGUGGUGCACAGAGAUGGACGGGUAAUCACACUGUCUCACCAGGAGCAGGAGCUGCAGGACUUCCUCCUUUCCCAGAUGUCACAGCAUCAGGUUCAUGCAGUGCAGCAGUUGGCCAAAGUGAUGGGAUGGCACGUGUUGAGUUUCAGUAACCAUGUGGGUCUGGGUUCAGUGGAGAGCAUUGGAAAUGCAUCAGCAAUAACAGUGGCUUCAUCCAAUGGAGAGUAUUCUGUUUCAGUGCGGAACGGACCUGAAAGUGGCUGCAAAGUGAUGGUGCAGUUUCCUAGAAACCAGUGCAAAGACCUUCUGAAGAGUGACGUCAUCCAAGAUAACAAAUGGAACUACUUGCGCGGACCACACAAAGAAGUGCACUGGAGUAAAAUGGAAGGACGCAACUUUGUGUACAAAAUGGAACUUUUGAUGGCGGCUCUUACCCCUUGCCCCUAAAGCAGGCUUACUCUGGCAGGUCACAGCACCUGUUGUUUACACCCAAAACCAUAAAAAUGUAAUAUAGGUGGAUUAUUCAUAUGCUAAAAGGAACAUGGAGUUUUAAGUGUGGAUUUACAGCAUUUUUAUUUUGUUUUUUUGAUACUGAAGAUCCUAAACUGCCAUCUAACCCUGAUUUAAAUUGAAUCGGUGCAGUAUUGGAAAUUGAUGAUUCCUGAUGCUGUAGAGACACUCUGGAACUAUUGGACAGAGAAGAUCCAGAUGUAAAGAGGUUAAUGUUUAAAGCAAGCAAAUCACACAGGACUUAAAUACCUCCUACUAAUGGCAGUAUAAACUCCUCAUGAUUGAUUCUUUGGCUUAUAUUUCAGUCUCCUGUAGACCAUGCAGUGCUUUGGUUUGUACUCCAGACAGGGAUGCAUUGCAAGGUGAUAAAUAACUUGAUUAGUUUUUGUUCUGAUGUGUUUGAAAGAAAAGUAACUUUGUUUUUUUUCUAAAAAGCUACAGAAUAAAAUCAGAUUUUUCA